UUAUAAUUCUCUGUGAGAGUUGAUUGCAAAUGAUUAUAAUUAAAAAAAAUAUUAUUACGAAUAAUCAAGAAAUUGUAUUACCAUAGAAAUGGAUACCUUAUACACAAUAUGCACCCUGAAACCAGAAUUUGCCAAGUGAGAACGGUUUCCCGUUAAUUAUAUUCCGUUUGAAUUGUUUUCACAGAAGUUGAAUCGGGCCACAGAUUCGUGAUUCAGAAUGUCCUGAACUAUCGCGAUUAGCAUGAUUGAAUUCGAUCGGAGUACUCCUGGAAACGAGAUUAUUCUUUUGAAAGAAACUUGAGGAUAGAAGAAUCACAUCUGAAAUAACAUGGUUCCAGAGAUGGAAAGAAGAUUGGCGCUUUUCACGUGAAUAGAACUCGGCUUUCAAACGUAUAUUCUUCGCAUAGUUUGCAAGUGAUGAAGUUAAAUUGUUCGGUGUCCGGGAAUUUACUCGUCCUUUUUUGAAGUGACACGUCAUGAGUGCGCCGAAUUUUAAGGAUCUGGGCAAAUCCGCGAGAGAUGUAUUCACAAGUGGCUACCAUUAUGGCAAAACUCUUAUCAAAUUGGGCGUUAAAGCGAAAUCCGAGAUACUUGAUAUGGGGAGUGAUUUACGUUUGAUUUGCGACACAUCAAAAUUGACCGGUGUCAUGGAUGCGCAAUACAAAACAAAUUACGGAAGUUUUAUACAAAAAUGGUCGACGGAUAAUAAUGUUACAUUGGGCCAUACUAAAGACGACAUCAUAAUCCCAGAUCUUAGCAUGCAAUCGGAGGUUACUUAUAAUCCAACCACAACUGCCAAAUUGGUAAAAAUUGGUGCCAAAUGCAGCAAGGAACUGUUCAACGCGUCGUGUUCGAUCUCAAGCGACGCACAAUUUAACGUGGAUAUUUUGGGCUCCGUGGUCACCGCAAUAAAAGGUUUUUUAAUCGGUUAUCAAGGUGGUUAUAACACGGAAUCGAACAAAAUGACGAAGAACGAUCUAAGUAUGGCUUUCGAUUAUCAGGACUUCGGUUUUUACUUUCGAUGUACCUCGAUGCCAUACGAGUAUGGACUGUCUCUCAUGUACAAAGUGACCGAAGAAUGGGACACGGCUAUUAAUAGUAUUGUAUGCAGAAAUGGUGGAACGGUACAAUGGAUGGUCGGCGCUGCAGCUAAAUGGAAAAUCGACGAGACAUCGACGUUCCGUUGUAAAUUCAACAGCGAUCUUCAACUUGGUAUGAGUCUACAGCAGAAACUGGACGACAAUGUCAUGUUAACCCUGUCCUUUAACAUCGAUUGUAUAAACCCUCUGAGAGGUGGCCACAAAGUCGGUCUGGCCUUUGACAUCGAGGGUUGAGCCAAUGAAUCGGGCAUUUCGAAUUUUCUUUUUUAUAAAAAAAUGCUCUUUGAUGUCUUUGAUUUUUUUA